GACCGGCGGCCCUCAGACCCCUGAUAGUUGGCUAACAGCCCUCCACUGCAGCCUCCUGGCUCUCAGCGCUGAUCUAGCUUCAUCACACGGAGGCGCUGCUAUGAAUACCAGCAGACGUCAUGAGGGGAUCCUUUCCACAGUGACUGAGUGUCACCCUGAUCCCCGAUCCAACAGCUAAUAUUAGCCAGCAGUGAGGAACUCAGUGUGACCUUCAGGGACUCUGAGCUUCUGUGUUACAGCAGAGGGAACAAUUUGUCACAUGACCUUCAGGCUGCGCUUGGAGGUUAGAGACAGCAGAGCGUUGCCUUCAAAGUAUUUCUGGCCUUUGGUCAACAGGUGGAAUAGUUUCCAUAUGAUAAACGUGCCCAUGCUGCAGACGUGUGCUCUCUGUCUGCAGGACAAAAGAAGGAUCCAGGAAGACAUUGCUAAGAAAAGACGGCAGAUUGAAGAGGAGAAACUGAAACUGCAGUAUAUCAAGAAAAAGGCCCUCAGGGAGCAGUGGCUGAUGGACGGCCUGAGUCAGCAGACGGAGGAGGAGCAGGAGGCCAUGAGGCUCCAGGCUCAGGAUGAACAGCAGCAGAGUGAUCAGCUGAAGAGCAAUAUCCUCAGAAUAGAGAAGGAGAUCGAGGCCUUGGAGCAGAAAGAGCUCAGCAUCUCGUCCAAUGAGGAGAUGGUCCUGAAGCGGCUGAAGGAGGUGGAGAGGACAUCUGAGGACAUCAUUAAGACUGUUUCAUCUGAGAAGAAGGACACCGAUGAACAAGACUUGAAAGAGACUGAAAAUCACAACUCUGUCACCAUGGAAACAGACAUACCAUCAACGCUGGAGAUGGACUGUGAAAUGGAGGGAGCCGAGCAUGAAAUGGAUUUUAGUGCUUGUGAUAAGCUAGCUGGGUUACAGGCGGACGUCUCAGACUCUCAGGAAGUUAAGGAACAAUUAAGUCCAAGCAGCACCAGGCAUGUCGAUGACAGCCCCUUCUCUGAAACCAGACCAGGCACCUGUGAAGAUGAGAAAAAGACCGAAGAGCUCAACAGAAAUGAGUCCCUGAACUCAUCUGUGUCUGAUACCCUUUCCAGUGCUGACAGUGUUUAUGAGAACGAGGCCCAUCGUAGGAGGCAAGACACACAAGAGAAAGACACUGAGCAGGAGAAUGAGUCAGAGCAACAUGUGGGGCACGAAGGAGUGCCUGAGCCUGAGCGAUAUCCAGAGCCAGAGGAAGACUGGGGGGUGGGAGAUGUGUUGCACAAAGAAGCCGAACCAGAGAAUGAGGAAGACUGUGGGGUGGGGGACGUGUUGCAGAGAGAAGCUGAACCAGAUCCAGAGGAAGACUGGGGAGUGGGGAACAUGUUCCAGAGAAAAGCUGAACCAGAGACUGAGGAAGACUGUGGGGUGGGGGACGUGUUGCAGAGAGAAGUUGAACCAGAGACUGAGGAAGACUGUGGGGUGGGGGACGUGUUGCAGAGAGAAGCUGAUCCAGAGACUGAGGAAGACUGUGGGGUGAGGGACGUGCUGCAGAAAGAUGCUGAACCGGAGCCUGAGGAAGACUGGGGGGUGGGGGACAUGUUGCAAAGACAAGCUGAACCAGAGACUGAGGAAGAAACUGAGAGGCUAAUUAACCCUGAGCUUCACCAAGACCUUCCACUUGAAGAUGACCCUGAGGAUCAGGAUCCUCAACUGGAGCUGUACGGAGAACUCGGACCAGAGGGAGGAGAUAUUAUUGAUUUAGAUGAUGAGUCCUACACACAUCUAGCCGAAUAUACAGAUGAAGGUCCAGAUGUUGAUGAAAUACUGUUUGACCAGCCUUUUCAUGAGGAGUCUCCCUUAGAGCAGUGCAUAAGAGAGGAGGCCAUGUCAGAUGUUUCCAAUGAGUCCUACCAUAACCCGGAAGACAUCGAUGAAUGUUUGAGAGUGGAGAUUGCGGCGGCUUCAUCAGAUAGUGAUACAGAUGAAAAGUGGAGAGCUAUUUUCUCCUCCUCCAUAAAUAAAGAAGACGAUGACUCAUAUUUGGAUAGUCUGCAGCUGAGUGCCCAGGAACUUUUUGUCCAGAAAAUUGACGAGACAGACUACAAUGACCCAGAGAGGACCAACUUUGAAGAGGCAAUUAGUAUUGAGGUCCCAAAAGUGUCUGAAGUCUUGGAACAACCGGGGAUUGUAACCUGCUCCCCGACACCCCCGCAUGAGGUUAAAUACAGCCCAUUCAGCCUUCAAGGUUUGUCAAAAAUAUCGGAAGACGAGAGUGAAAGUUACAGAGAUGUCAACCAUAACCACUCGAAAUCCCAAGACGACGGCAGUGUGGACGCAGUCAAGAGGCUGCCCAAAGACUUCUGUGUCAUUCAGGAGACAAAGAGUGAAAACGUCAGUACAGAACAUGUGGACUUCCAGCUUGCUCGCAAGCAGUGGCGAGAAAUGGAGAAGCAAAUGAAAAAUAAGAUUGUCAUACCUUCGAGCAGGCAGUCAAACCUUCACAGCAGCCACAGCUUCAUGUACACCCCAGUCCGACACAUUGAAAGAACCCCUAAGAAGGCACGGGAUCUAGAGAGUUUGAACCUGGUCACGGAUUAUUCCCACACACAAUUCAGCCCUUGCUCAGAGGACUCUGGCCUGGAUGAUUCCAGCUAUAGGUCCCCUUAUGAUGACGCCGAAACACCAAUCGAAAGGGAGAUUCGUAUAUCCAUGGAGAGGGAAGAAAACUUAAAAAGGGAAAGGGGACUAUCCAGAAUGGGCAAAUCAACUGACUGCGCUCCAUCAAGAAGCAUCCCUCGAUCCAUUAGUACUCCACUCACUCCGUCAUUCAUCAUCACCUCAUCACCAACUAAUGAACCAUCAAAGCAGGAAGUGUCUGCAAACAAUGUUAUAAUCGUAGACCCAAGAAAAGACUUGGCAUCCAGUCUAACGUUUGGCAAAGACAACGCGCCCUCUGGAUCUGGAGAAUGGUGCCCAGACGAAAACAGCUCCAAUCUGAUCAUCCUGGAAACAUCCAAUCUGAUCAUUCGAAGUGCCUCUGACUUCUCCCUGAACAAAGGCUGUGACGAGCCCCAGGAAAAAAUGUUCCUCAACAACCCCUUCUUCAAACUCCGUUCAAGAAGCACAAUAUCCUUGGUAGAUGAAGAGAUACGGUUGGUGAAGCAGAGGGAGGAAGAGCUCAGGAAGGAGAGGGCAACCCUAUAUGGGAAAGACAUGUUUGGCACGGAAACUGGCCUGGCAAAUCACAUGGACACUUUGUCAUUUGAUACCUCAGGUAUUGUACCCGUUAAGUGCAAGUCCUCUCCAUCAUCCCCGAUGAAAACCCCCCACAGGAUGGAUCGCUCUGCCUUAUCCUGUGACCACAGGUUUCCUGAGGCCUUUACGGCGGGGAGGCGGAAGAGUGCCAUGGCUCUGCGCUGGGAGGCAGGCGAGUUCACCAAGAACAACUGACCCGGAACAAGCUGCCGUUCUGCUGUUCCGCCACUAGAGGGCCACAGUGGAUGUUUUUAUUCAAGUUUAAAUGCUUUUAUUAUUGUCAUUUGUUUCAUGUUGUGUCAUAACCUAAACUCUGCUUUUGUGAUGCUGUAAAAAAAAAAAAAACAAUCAAAAAAAACAACGAGAGCGUUUAACAGUGGAACUGUUAAAUGUUUAACUUUGCUUUUGUACAGUUUAUGAAAUGAGUUAGAAAUGAUCCAGGCUUCAGCUAAAGUUCCAGCCUUUCUUCUCCUAACAGUACAGAUCUGCCAUUGUGGCACGACUCCUGAAUCAGCAGAGGACGACAGACGACUGAACGCGUUUCUUUAAAGUUUGAUGAUCACAAUAAUUUCCUACUGAUCUAGAGACGAAAGGGCUUAAAAACAGUUUAGAGUCCCUUAAAGACAUUAGUUCUUUCUGUAGGGAAGACGGCAUCUGCUAGAAAGCUCCAAUUCCCCUAAACUUCCAGUUUCUAACAUUUAAUCUCCUCACUUUCACAAAGCAUCAAGUUUAAUUCUGGUCGAAUAAAAGGCACCUUUCUUGGAACCAAACAAUUUUUAAAAGAAUAUAAAAAUAUCAGGAUCAGAUUGUUUUUGUACUUAAAUUAAAGAUUUUGUCAUUUGAUAUGUAAAACAUUUAUCACUGAUAAAGAGAAGGAUAAAUACUUAAUCUUUGAGAUUUUAGAAACAUUUUUUAUAAAUUUGUCCCAGAUAUUUAAAAAAUAAAACUCAGGCAACCCUCUGGUCACCUAAAUCCCUCUCAACCUUCCCUGGCUGAGUGUAACAGGGUCCCAAACCGCCACCAGGUUUCCUGCUGUAAUGACAACAGAGAAAUUAUUAUUUGAAAUGAUCGGAAAUGUUGAGUUGAGGUCAAAGUUAGAUGCAGCAAAUAUAAAACAAGAUGGCUCCUGGAUGCAAGUCCCUCCAUUUCCUACCAAACAGCUUCCUAUGUGUAUUCACUGUUACCGUGGUGACAGAACUGUUACCAUGGUGACGCAUGGCUUGGCAGUAGGCCUUUGAAUAUUUCGUAUUUACACAAUAACUACUCUUCUAGCAUGUAUCUUUAAACCCUUUUAGCUUAGCAUGAGGCACUGUGUGGGUCAGUGAGCAGCCUGUUGAUCUAAUAAUCUUUUAGUAAGCCCUUCAGAGGUUAGCCUGGAUGGAUAGAUAGCAGGGCUGGAUGGACAGCUAGCAGGGCUGGAUGGACAGAUAGCACGGCUGGAUGGACAGCUAGCAGGGCUGGAUAGACAGCUAGCAGGGCUGGAUGGACAGCUAGCAGGGCUGGAUGGACAGCUAGCAGGGCUGGAUGGACAGCUAGCAGGGCUGGAUAGACAGCUAGCAGGGCUGGAUGGACAGCUAGCAGGGCUGGAUGGACAGAUAGCAGGGCUGGAUGGACAGAUAGCAGGGCUGGAUGGACAGAUAGCAGGGCUGGAUGGACAGAUAGCAGGGCUGGAUGGACAGCUAGCAGGGCUGGAUGGACAGCUAGCAGGGCUGGAUAGACAGCUAGCAGGGCUGGAUGGACAGCUAGCAGGGCUGGAUGGACAGAUAGCAGGGCUGGAUGGACAGAUAGCAGGGCUGGAUGGACAGAUAGCAGGGCUGGAUGGACAGAUAGCAGGGCUGGAUGGACAGCUAGCAGGGCUGGAUGGACAGAUAGCACGGCUGGAUGGACAGCUAGCAGGGCUGGAUAGACAGCUAGCAGGGCUGGAUGGACAG